UCAUUAUUCCAUCUUAAAGCCCACUCAACCAUGAAAAACACGAAGUAGCAAAGCCCCGGUGCAUAAUAAGCAUGCCUGCCUUUAUAUGUUCCUCGCAUUGCACAACAUUUCACACGUAUUGAGCCGCAAAGAAUGUACAUUAAUUGGUCGAUCGAUCUUAGCCAAUCGAUUAAACACGUAUACCUGCUCCCGCCCGCCGUAGUAACAGCAGUACCUGCGGUAACCUCAUCGUAGCCUUACGUUAAACUGUCAUUUCGCUUCUCGGUAUCAGUGAUGGGAUGCACAGGGUGAGGUCAUUGUGGAGGGAAACACUGUAGAACCUUCAAUGGUCACUUAAGUCACAUUCGGGCCGACGUCACAGCGUGUGUCACUUUUAAAACAAUAUACGUGUUGUUGUUUUUUACCGUAUUUAAUAAUAAAAUGAUACAGUGUAUCCUUCGGGCAGGCUAGCAUCCCUCUUGUGUAGCGUUAGCUCAGCGUCCCGUCCACCCCCCGUGAAUACAGCUACAUUUAAACUAACCGAGGCUUCCGAACGUUACGGUCAACCGGCCCGAAUGGAACACCGGGAGACGUUUUGGGAUUAACGGGAGCGAGCCGUCCGUACUUGUGAGACGUUAACUCAUGUGAACUUGAACGGCAUCUGUCCCAGCGGUGGCUGUCGGCACGAUGGGGCUGGACUUUGACGUAAAGACCUUCUGCCACAAUCUGCGGGCCACCAAGCCCCCUUACGAGUGCCCCGUGGAGACCUGCCGUAAGGUCUACAAGAGCUACAGUGGCAUCGAGUAUCACCUCUACCACUAUGACCACGACAACCCGACGCCCGCGCAGACUCUGCCCCAGAAGAGGAGAAAGGGGCGGCCUCCUCGCGCCUCCUUGGCCGGCUCCGGGGAUACGGACGACGGCGGGGGCAACGGGGGCGGAGGACCCGGCCACGGGGGGAACACGCCGCAUAGCCCCAGCCGGUCGGACCGCUCUCACUCCCCGGGCAGAGAGACCAUGACCUACGCCCAGGCCCAGCGCAUGGUGGAGCUGGAGUUUCAAGGACGCCUCCACCGCAUCAGCAUCUUUGAGAACAUCGACGUGGUGUCGGAGGAGGACAGCGACGCGGAGGACACCCCUCCGUCCGGUACGGGAGGCGGCGGCAGCGGAGGCGUGUGCAACGGCGGCGACGGCGGAGCCGGCGGCAGCGAGCUGGGAGGGGGUGGCAAGGACCGGCCAGACGUCCCAUCCUCCAACGGUGGCAAAUCCACCCCCAAGUCCGGGAAGCAAAAAGGCAAAGAGAAGAAGAAGGACGGCUCGUCUCACCAUCACAGCGUCCAGUCGGGCCCCGCGGUCAAGCUCCCCGAGGCGGUGUUCAGAGAGCUGGACCAAGAGAGGCCGGACGCCCCCCCCCGACCAUCGUCCUACUACAGGUACAUCGAUAAGUCGGUGGAGGAGCUGGACGAGGAGGUGGAGUACGACAUCGACGAGGAAGACUACAUCUGGCUCGACAUCAUGAACGACAAGCGGCGGCGUGACGCCGUGACGCCCAUCCCCCAGGAGGUCUUUGAAUACCUCAUGGACCGCUUGGAGAAGGAGUCCUACUUCGAGAGCCACAACAAGGCAGACCCCAGCACCCUGAUCGACGAGGACGCCGUCUGCUGCAUCUGCAACGACGGCGAGUGCCAGAACAGCAACGUGAUCCUCUUCUGCGACAUGUGCAACCUGGCGGUGCACCAGGAGUGCUACGGCGUGCCGUACAUCCCGGAGGGCCAGUGGCUGUGCCGCCGCUGCCUGCAGUCGCCGAGUCGCGCCGUGGACUGCGCCCUGUGUCCCAACAAGGGGGGCGCCUUCAAGCAGACGGACGACGCGCGCUGGGCCCACGUCGUGUGCGCCCUCUGGAUCCCGGAGGUCUGCUUCGCCAACACCGUCUUCCUGGAGCCGAUCGACAGCAUCGAGCACAUUCCCCCCGCCCGCUGGAAGCUCACCUGCUACAUCUGCAAGCAGCGCGGCUCCGGCGCCUGCAUCCAGUGCCACAAAGCCAACUGCUACACCGCCUUCCACGUCACCUGCGCCCAGCAGGCGGGCCUCUACAUGAAGAUGGAGCCCGUCCGAGAGACGGGGGCCAACGGCACGUCCUUCAGCGUCCGCAAGACGGCGUACUGCGACAUCCACACGCCGCCCGGCUCGGCCCGGCCCCUGGCGGGGGGGCAGGGCUGCGCCAGCAUGGGCUCGUCGAACAGCGACGGGGAGCUGGACGACGACGACGAGCCGAGCAUCUGCCAGGACGACGACUCCAAGGGCUGGAGCUCCGAGCGGGCCAAGAGGGCCAAGGCCAAGUCCCGGCUGAAGAUGAAGAGGGCGCGGAAGAUCCUGGCAGAGAGGAGAGCGGCCGCGCCGGUGGUGUCUGUGCCCUGCAUACCUCCCCAUAGGCUCAGCAAAAUCACCAGCAACCUGACGGUGCCCAGGAAGAGCCAGUUCAUGCAGCGGCUCCACAGCUACUGGACGCUGAAGAGGCAAAGUCGCAACGGUGUCCCGCUGCUGCGCCGGCUGCAGACCCACCUGCAGUCCCAGCGGCACAUCGACCCCCCGACGCCACAGCAGCCUCCGUCGCUGCUCCCGCCGGUGUCCUGCGCAAUUCGGGACGGCGAGGAGAAAGCGUCGGCGCUGAAGGAGCAGCUGAAGGCGUGGCAGAGGCUGAGGCACGACCUGGAGAGAGCCAGGCUGCUGGUGGAGCUCAUCCGCAAGAGGGAGAAACUCAAGAGGGAGACGAUCAAAGUGCAGCAGAUGGCGCUGGAGAUGCAGCUGACGCCGUUCCUGGUGCUGCUGAGGAGCACGCUGGAGCAGCUGCAGGAGAGGGACAUCAACAACUUUUUCACCGAGCCGGUCCCGCUGGCAGAGGUGCCGGACUACCUCGACCACAUCGACACGCCGAUGGACUUCCAGACCAUGUGGAACCUGCUGGAGUCCCACCGCUACCUCACGUUCGAGGCCUUCGAGUCCGACUUCGGCCUCAUCGUCAACAACUGCCUCAAGUACAACGCCAAGGACACCGUCUUCUACCGCGCUGCCCUGCGGCUCAGGGAGAUGGGCGGGGCCGUCAUGCGGACCGCCAGGCGCCACGCCGAGCGCAUCGGCUUCGACUACGAGGCCGGCCUGCACCUCCCACGGGAGCCCAGCCCAGACGGUCAGCGGGACCAGGAGAGGGAGAGGGAGCGGGAGCGGGACCGAGAAUGGGAGCGAGAACGGGAGAGAGAGAGGGAGCGGGACAGAGAGCGAGACCGAGACCACCCGCUGUCCUCUAACGAAGAUGCAGACCUGCUCCUGCCAGAGAACAGGCGGCGCCUCCCGGUGGAGGAGCAGCUGCACUACCUGCAGGCGCGCCUGGACGAGGUCAGCUUGGGGAAGCACAGCAUCGGCCAGUCGCGCAGAGCCAAGGCCCUGAGGAAGGAGAUCAGCAUCAUCAAGAGGAAGCUGGCGCACCAGCGGGAGGGAGGCGCCGGCAUCGGGGGCCGGGAGGCUGCGGGGGGAGGGGACCGGGGUUCCUCCCUCCCCCAUCACCCGUCCUCCUCGGGGCACCACGACGAAGGGGGAGAAAGCAGCAGCCAGGAGAUCGGUGGGAAAGAUAUGAGUGUGUCCUCCUCCGCCCUGGCUCCAGAGGUGGGCCGUCGCACAUCCGUCCUCUUCUCCAAGAAGAACCAAAAGAUGGCCGGACCCCCCAAAAGGCCAGGGCGGCCCCCCAAGAACCGGGACGCCGUGUACGCCGCUGCGGGGUUGGGCCAAAGCCCCAUCGGCCCCCCUCAGCUGCCCCUGCUGUCACCGAGCAGGCAGAGGAAGAGGCCCCGCAGCCCCCGCACCAGCUCCAGCUCGGACAGCGACAGCGACGACGACGACCUGCUGCCGGGUCUGCCGAGUAACGGGUUCGAUGGAGGAAACCAGCCGGUGACUGAGAGCUUCCUUGUGUACAGGAGCGAGUCCCGCCUCCCGCGCUCCAGCUCCGACUCCGAGUCGACGACCAGCAGCAGCAGCAGCGCGGCGUCGGACCGGACCAGUACGACCCCCUCCAAGCAGGGCCGGGGGAAGGCCUCGUUCUCCCGCUCCGCCUUCCCAGAGGACAGCAGCGAGGAGACGUCGGGCACGGAGAACGAUUCCUACUCAGUGGGGGGGCCGCGCAGCGUCUCGCACUCUCUGGAUCUGGUGUGGGCCAAGUGCAGAGGCUAUCCCUCCUAUCCCGCUCUGAUAAUCGACCCGAAGAUGCCCAGGGAAGGGGUGUUCCACCGGGGCGUCCCGAUACCCGUCCCGCCUUUGGACGUGCUGAAACUAGGGGAGCAGAUGACGCAGGAGGCCAGAGAGCACCUGUUCCUGGUCCUCUUCUUCGACAACAAAAGAACAUGGCAGUGGCUGCCGCGCUCCAAGCUGGUGCCGCUCGGUGUGGACCAGGAGCUGGACAAGGAGAAGAUGCUGGAGGGCCGCAAGUCCAACAUCCGCAAGUCGGUGCAGGUGGCGUACCACCGGGCCAUGCAGCACCGCAGCAAGGUGCAGGGAGACCCGAGCAGCGAGACCAGCGACAGCGACUGAAAGGGAAGCUUCCCCCGUCCGGAGCACCGGCGCCAGACCCAGAUCCAGGGCCAGACCCAGGGCCUGUGACGCAGAGCGCGGCAAAGCGGGAGCCCGCGGCGCCGGGCCCCUCGGGACGCCGCGCGGGCGCUCAGCCGCGUUUGAGACCCGACGUGUAAGAUAUUGUAUUUAAGAGAAUUGAAAUUGAAUUAAUAAUGGUGGCGGGGAUGGAAAAUGUGUUCGGGAUCGGCAAUUCGAAAAUAUCACGUGUUCUCCGUCUGUUUGGUGGAAAAAAGGGACGACGGUUCACGGACUGAAGAAGAACAGA